AUGCCAAGCUGGGAAUUGUGGCGCAUAUUCACUCCCUGGUGCGAGUUUGCUGUUGACCGUAGUAUGAUUGGUGCCCUUUUUCUUGCCCCUCGCGUCAUAUGAGCAGCAACGGGUGUCAAAAUGUCAGCAGCAACAGCCAGUGAGGACAAUUGGGAAUUGGUAAGCAAGCAGCAGAUCAUUGAUGAGCAGAACAACAGCGAGGAUGACGAGGACUACGAUGACGAUGAUGAUGAUGAUGAUUGGGUCCACAUGUACGGGCAUCCCUACGAACGUGAGUCCAAUUCGCGAUCUUUUCAAUCACUGGGAUCUGCUUAUUGA